AUGUCAAUGAAGAACAUAACUUCUUAUUCUGACUUUAUUCUCCUGGGACUACUGAUAAAGAGUCAGGCAACAGGUGUUGUCUUUGCAGUUAUCUUUACUAUUUUUGUAGUGGCUGUAACUGCAAAUGUGGUCAUGAUAUUUUUGAUCCAGGUGGACUCUCGCCUCCACACACCCAUGUAUUUUCUGCUCAGUCAGUUGUCCAUCAUGGACACUCUUUUCAUUUGCACCACUGUUCCAAAGCUUCUGAUUGACAUGGUUUCUAAAGAGAAGACCAUUUCUUUUCUGGCCUGUGGCAUCCAGAUCUUCCUCUAUUUGACUAUGAUUGGCUCAGAGUUCUUCCUCUUGGGCCUAAUGGCCUAUGACCGGUAUGUGGCAGUCUGUAACCCUCUUAGGUACCCAGUUCUGAUGAACAAGAAGGUGUGUCUUCUGCUGGCUGCUGGUGCCUGGUUUGGUGGGUCCCUGGAUGGCUUCCUGCUUACCCCUAUCACCAUGAAUGUUCCCUACUGUGGUUCCCGCAAUAUCAACCACUUCUUCUGUGAGAUUCCUGCUGUCCUGAAACUGGCCUGUGCUGACACAUCCUUGUAUGAAACCCUGAUGUACAUCUGCUGUGUGCUCAUGCUCCUCAUCCCCAUCUCCAUCAUCUCAGCCUCCUACUCCCUCAUCUUGUUAACUGUCCACCGCAUGCGCUCAGCUGAAGGCCGCAAAAAGGCCUUUACCACUUGUUCUUCCCACUUGACUGUAGUCAGCAUUUUCUAUGGGGCUGCCUUUUACACUUAUGUGCUCCCCCAGUCAUUCCACACCCCUGAGAAGGACAAGGUAGUAUCUGCAUUCUACACCAUUGUCACACCCAUGCUCAAUCCUCUCAUCUAUAGCCUCAGAAACAAGGAUGUCACAGGGGCAUUUAAGAAGAUAUUUGCAAGAUGUUUAUCUGCUCAGAAAGUAGCAGUAACUGAUAGUUAA